AUGACAGUUCUUAUUCAAACUUCAAGUGCUGCUAUGUCAUCAAACUGGGAUAAUCGUUCCUAUGACAACAACUCCGAUAACUCUUCUUCAAAUAAUUACUCAAAGUUGGAGUUAUCCCAAUAUAUUGAUAAUCUUACUAACAAUCGUUGUGGUUCAAACCUAGAAGCUAUACAAUCUAGAAGUGCAUUCAAUAAUAAUAUUGUCUUAACGAACAGCUCCGACGCUUCGAGCGUCACAAAUUCAUGGAGCGCCAGGUUUAAAAAUAUGUUCGAAAAAAAUAUUAACGUGGACGAUAGCUAUGAUAGCUUUGAUAGUUCGCUAUAUACGGAUAAAUCUUCCAUAACAAAGCCAUCUCCAUGGUUCACUAGACUAUUUGAUAAGAGAAGUGGAAAGGAACAGUCUCAGAAUUCUUCUCACCAAACAGAAUCUUUCCACGCCACUGUACUUCCUGAGUCAAUUUGUAACAGAAAAUACGAAGAAACUCCUAAAUCUAAAAUUGUUGAAGUAGAAUACACAAGAUAUAGCCAGGGUAAAGUCGAGAAAACAGCAAGCACAGUAAAUGGUUCGUUGAGAAAUACUAGAUCCAAAAACUGGUUCAAAACUGUCUUUAAAGGUAAGAGCGAGGCAUCUGAAGUGUCGGAAUAUCCAGGCCUAGUGCAACCCGAGCCUGAAGUUUUAGAAAACACAUACAGUGAUGAUUCAAUAUAUGAAUCUGAAAAAUUAGAAUAUCUUCCUAUAAAAAUUGACAUUGUUGACGUUGGUUCUUUAUCCGUCGGUGACUGUCUAACACCUAUAAACGACGGAAAUCACAACAUUCCGUCACCUCCUUGGGACUAUAGACAUGAGUAUAAAAAACUCGAUGAUGAUUAUAGGAAAAAUAGUGGUGAGAAUUACGACUACAAUAAUGAGCAUGUGGAAACUAGUACUGUUUAUAGUAGUUACUAUUCGAGUAAUAAUGUUCAAGAAUUAGAAGCAGAACUUAGUGGCAGACAAGCAUCAAUUGAUACAUGUCUAUUCCAAGAGCAACCAAUACUAACUACAGUCAGCGAAACUCACUCGUACCCAGUUGUGUCUAAACAUAUUUCAGGGUUCUGUGACGACUCCGUAUAUGAGAGUCGAGUAAAAAAUGACAGCUCAGAAAGAAAAGCUGGAAGCCAUCGUGACUAUACAAACUGUAUAAAUCCAUAUACACCCAUAUUAAGAGCCAGAAUAAGAGAGGAAAAAAUCGCAUUACUUAAUAACAAGAGUAAAAUCAACGAUAAUGCAUUCACUGAACCAGAACACAUGAGAAUUUUUCAAAAAGAUACUUAUGAUGAAGAAUAUUGUGAACCUAAAGGAGCGUUUAGUAGACAUUCAUCUGGUAGUGAUAUCCUUGAGUCAGAGCAAACGAAGAAACAAACAACUACUUUAGUAGAUGUUCAAGAAAAACAGGUAUUGGAUCCAGUUCAACCUGUUAAUUCAGAAAACUUAAAUAACAAGAAGUCUAAAAAUAAAAAUCGUGAAGUGGAAAACAGAGCUACCACUAAUUAUUGCUGCCCAAAAUGCUGCUAUUGUGAUGAGUCUGAAGUGGAUAUGUCAUAUUACUAUAGAAAUAUAGAACCUAUAACUAUACAUGAAAGAUUUAUUCAAAUAAUUAAAAGAACAAAAUAUAAUUUUAGAAAAUUCAUUAAAAGAAAUAACAAAAAAGAGUGGAUAUUAUAUCAACUCCAAAAAACAACCGAUGAGGUUUUAGAUAACGGUUUAUUAGUAUGCGAAUUAAUUGGUGAUAUGUUAACAGACGUUAUAGAAAAGGUGGAACCAUUUCCAAAGUUGCUUCAAUGUGCUGUUGGCCAUGUAUGUAUGAAGCUAGCACAUUAA